AUGGAAGUUUACCGUAAGCAACCAAACCGAGCUGGAUACCUCCACCAGCAGAUUGUGACCAGAACAAAACGCGAAAGGACUUGUAUCGUGCGAAGAGAUGGAACCAAAGAAAUCGUGACUGUAGAGGAUAACUAUAAAUUGCAUAUGCAUCCAAUCAGGCUGUCCGAGGAACUUCCACCUUACCCAUAA